AUGGAGACGUUGUACCGGGUGCCCUUCGUGGUUCUCGAGUGUCCCAACCUGAAGCUGAAGAAGCCGCCAUGGGUCCACAUGCCGUCAACUAUGACGGUGUACGCCCUGGUGGUGGUGUCUUAUUCCCUCAUCACUGGAGGAAUAAUUUACGAUGUCAUUGUAGAACCUCCUAGUGUUGGCUCGAUGACAGAUGAACAUGGACAUCAGAGGCCAGUUGCUUUCUUGGCCUAUAGAGUAAAUGGACAAUAUAUUAUGGAAGGACUUGCAUCCAGUUUCCUGUUUACAAUGGGAGGUUUAGGUUUCGUAAUCCUAGACCGAUCCAACGCACCAAAUAUUUCCAAGCUCAAUAGGUUUCUUCUUCUGUUCAUUGGUUUCAUCAGUGUGCUCUUGAGUUUCUUCAUGGCGAGAGUGUUCAUGAGAAUGAAGCUGCCGGGCUAUCUGCCGGGUUAGAGUUCCCUUUGUGAAGCCACGACAGUAACUGGAUUCGCUCCUUUUAAUGGCGUUUCAAAGGCUGUUCUACCCUCCAGGACAAAAUGUGAAAAAUGGAUUGACCGUGUCUCAGAGUGAUGUAAGGAAAAGUCUGGUGUAAAGAUGCAGAAGGUUUUAGUCCAUUUUUUGGAAAAAAAAACUCUCUUGGUCCCAUUGAUGUGAUCAGCUUAUAAUAAUAAUAGUAAUAAUACCAUUGUUUUUCUCUAUUGACCCCCUCACCAUUCAUGUCAAAUAAUCACAUCUGUCCUCUUUGGUUCCCCCCCCCCCAUUUUUGAGAGAAACUUUUCCUUUGUAUAAUGAAAGUAUUGAAUAAAGUAUUUCCUUAUUUCCUACAA